GAGGAAGCCAUCACGCUGCGUGCGGGAAUUUUGACAACGGAGCUGCCGAAAGCAAACCAGGCAUGGAUCGUUGCCGCCCCCGUAUCCGCUGACGUCACGCCUAGGCUAGUGCACGCGUCACACCGGGGAUACCGUGGACGCAGUGCAGCCCUGCUUGGCGCGGUCGCACACGCAGCAUGCGCGCCGCGCCGCACGCCUGGUCUCCGAGUGGCCGCCCCGGCGCAGGACUCAGCCACCAUGCACCCAGGUCGAAAAGGUGUCGACAGCGAGACAGCUUUUGUCAUCGCCAUUAUUGUCGUGUUUAUUGUUAUCGGUGUCUUCGUGUUCAUCUACGCGUGUUGCGUUACCGAAGAAAAGCUGAAGGCCGCAACGAAAAAGAAGGCAUCUCAGAAGAAAAAGGACACCGCAGCUUCGCCGCCAGCCGCCGCGCCUGCAGCACCAACAGCAACUGCGCCUGCAGCACCGGUGGCGCCAGCUGCCGACAGCAAGGCGAAGCCAUCUGCAUCCGCUGCUCAGCCACCGGUCAAAAACAGCGGCGGUGACACGCGGAGCGCCGAAAUCGUGCUCACCGUGCAAGAGGCGUCUCCGUUAGUGUCACCGCAUCAUCCACCGGCAUCGGCGGGUCCUGUGAUGUCGGAGUUGACGCCGACGUGGAAACCGCUCAACACGGAUCCACGGCGAAACGGAAUAAAGAGCGUGGCCUCCGAGGUGGCGCCGGCCUCGCAAAGCACUCCUACGGCGUGUGACCGGGCGUACUCUGUGCACCUCUAGCGGGCACCGAUUUGCUCCGAAAGGUGCACGGCGCGAAUAAUCUACUAGACGAGUCAUUUUGGUGUGUUCCCGCGUGAGUCAAGUCCACUGGCAGUCAAGUGCCCGCUCGCUGCACGAAACAGGGUUUGAGCAGUCGCAGGAACGAUUUCUCAAGGAGCAGAAGCGGGGCAUUCAGUGGUGGCGCGUACCUCGUGUUGUCUUAUGUGUGCUGUUGCUGUUUUCUUACGUGUUGUAAUGCGUUCUUGGAGAACUCUGUAAAUACUACGGACACCGUUGGCCUUUCCGGCGAACCAGUAGCCGGUGCAUGGUUCGAAACUGCACUUUACACCAGAAAGUGUGUGUGCUUGUCCCUAUAUACUCGUGCGUUACAUACUGUUCCUCUACCUGACAAUCAGAUAGACAAAAGGAAUGAUGCAGAGAAAGAUUAUAUUAAAAGGAGGUUUUCCAUUUGGUUACGAGUGA